UACAAAAGGAUACUGCUUAUUGUUUCACAUUCACAAGAUUUCAUGAAUGGUGUUUGCACCAACAUCAUCCAUCUGUUCCAGAAGAAGCUCGAAUAUUAUGGGGGUAAUUAUGAUACGUACGUACGUACGCGAACAGAACUUCUCGAGAAUCAAAUGAAGCGUUACAAAUGGGAACAGGAUCAGCUACAACACAUGAAGGAAUAUAUUGCGCGAUUUGGCCACGGUAGCGCCAAAUUGGCUCGUCAGGCUCAGAGUAAGGAGAAAACAAUGGCCAAAAUGGUGGCUGGUGGACUUACCGAAAAAGUUGUUGCGGAGAAGCCACUGAUUUACAAAGAUCUCGAUUUUGGUAUUGAUCUCGAUACGCGUAUUGCUCUGGUUGGCCCGAAUGGGGCCGGCAAAUCGACGUUGCUGAAACUGAUAUCGGGUGAUGUUAUGCCAUCAAAUGGCUUAAUAAGACGGCAUUCGCAUUGCAAAAUCGGGCGCUAUCAUCAAGUAGGUUGGGACUGCUCCUUCUUUGAUUAUUUUGAGUGA